CAGAAUUCACAGUUUAUCAUUUCCGACUGUGUUUUUGGAGAGUCAUUAGAUUCAUCGGAAAAUUUAUUUUCUCAUGCUUUCGUAACAUACAGCGAGAGAGUAAAAGAGAACGUAAGAAUUCGAUUCAUUUUUUUUUCAUUAAAAAGUCUAUAUUUCUUGAGGUUCUUACGAAAAAUAUUAUCUAAAAUGACAAAACUCAAAAAUAUUCUUUUACUUAAUUGAAAAAACAUGUGUCAUGAAGUCUAAAAGAGUGUAGAUUUAUAUUCGAUUUCAUUUCAAGAUAAAUCCAGAGAGACGAAAAACAAUUUGAAGCAGAAUUCGUUAAGUCACGAAAAAUAUAUGUGUAGGAAAGAAAAUUAAGCCGAAAAACUUCAAUAACGUUCGUUCGUGAAAAGAGCAACAGCCCCGACAGCUAGUCUCGAUGCCCACAACCAUACCGACAGUUCGAUUUUGAAUCGCGUUUGAGAAUGUACACUAAGAUGUUUUGUUCUUAUGAAAAGUUAAAAAUUUCCUCUUUUUGAAUGACCUCAUCGUGAAAAAUGAUUCUAUUUAUAAAUGAGGAACAUUUUAUGCUUCGGGUGAAGCAAAGUGAACAAAAGAAAUGAAAUGAAAUUAAAUCUGAAGCAUUACAUGAAAAAUAAGUAAUUUGGUUAUUGAUCGUGAGAUAGUGAAACUAUAAAAAAAGAGGAAAUGAAAAUAAAAGUUUCACUGGAUUUUACGUUAAGUUAAAACGCGUUAAUUUAUGCUAAUUCUUCUAAUUUUAAAGAAGAAAGUUUGGAUAGGCAAAAAAAAUUUAAAUCUGCAAUUUAUAAAAAGAAGAAUAAAAGUUUAAAAAAAUGAAUAAUUAAGAAAUAAAAGUGAAUGUAAGUGCGUUAAAUUUCCUGCUGAAUAUAUAAGAAAUUUGUGUGAAUAAACGUGUAAACUGGAAAAAAUAAAGAAGAAUUGAACUUGAUUUUAAUUUGAAUUGAAAAUUUCGAUGUGAAUUUUUAUUAAUCACCAAUAAAAAAGCUAAAAUAAAACAGGAAUUAAAAUUUAAACAACAAAAAAAGUAGUUUAUGAACAGAAAUAUUAGUUUACCUCAUGCUUUAUAGGGUAAACAUAUAAAUGCUGCUACUCUUUAUAGUGUGUUUAAUGAAAUUAAUUGAAAUGUAUUCAGCAAAUAACAAUAAUCACAAAAUGACGCGUAAUAAAUGUCUUCAAAAUACUAAAGAGAAUCACUUUAACAGUGGAUUUAAAAUUCACAACAAUAAUAAUUAUAAAAACAAUGAAAUGGCAAAUGAAAAUUGCUUCCCAAUGAAUUACUUUCAAGACAUUGAUCAGUCAUGUGCAGACGAAUUGAAAGAAUAUUUGAAGAAUCGUAAAACAGUAGGAAUUAAUUCAUAUCGUGGCAUGACAGACAAUUCCACGCAACGACCAGCAACAGUCAAGAAUACAAAAUUGAUUAAAACUGGAUUAUUGUCACAACAGCAGCAGCAAUCAGGUUUUUUACAAAAACCACCAUUGCUGAAACAGCCGUUAUCAUCAUUAAAUACAAAUUUUAUUCUGAAUAAUCAGAAUAAUAAUAACACUAACUUCUAUUAUGAUCAGAAACAUGUUCAUCAAAAGAGACAACCCUCUUGUGACAAAUUAAAAGAUUUAACUGAAAAUGCACUUAAAAAUAAUGUGCAAAUUGUGUUAAAUAAUAUUCAAAAUGAUCUUUUGAAUCAACAACAGCAACAACAAAAUCAACAAGAUUAUUAUCAGGAUCAAUUUCAAUAUUUAAAUAUAUUUGGGAAUCAUAGUCCACCAACUAGAUCAUUUAAUAAACCACAAGUCACCAAAAAUCAAAUUAAAAGUAAAACCAAAAAAAUGUCGACUAGCCCAGCUGAUUGUGAUAAUACCAAUAAUAAUAACAUGGGGCCGACAUCAAUAUUAGGAUGCUCUUUUGCUUCAGACUUUACUCAUGAUAAUUCAGACUAUCAAUGGUUUGUUGAUUAUGGCUAUAGAGAUAGUGUACAACAUCAGAGCAUCUUGUCGUCAUUAUCAGCAAGUUAUGGCAUGAAUGAGCUAUCUUAUUAUGAUGAUUUAGCAAGAAAUAUUGACGCAAAUUUAGCUGAAGUAGAUAUGGAAAAUUUUCGGAGCGAGGACAUUCAUUCACUUCUAAAAUUGCGCCAUGAAGGAGCUGAGAGUAGAAAUUCAACAAAAAUAUUAUCGAAGGAUCAAAAUGAAUUGGAUAAUUCAAUUUGUAAAUCUGAAAUUCUUUUUUCACCUGUAAGGGAAUCACAUAUCAGCGUUGAUUCGUUAGAUAUGGAUGGAUAUCCGGACGAUAUAAUUUUAACAUGUCAGGCCAAUAAGAACAAUUAUACAAUUGCUUUUGAAGGGAGCUGUAUGUACUCGGAUGAAAGUUAUUACGAUAUUCCCGACAAUGGAAAGCUGAAGCGAAAUUCAGUAAAUCUGGAUAAUAUGUUGAACAACAAAAAGAUGAAUGUCGAAAGUGAUAUGACACAGUCAGAUACCGGUUUUACAACGUGGAGUCAGCUGAAAAAGAGUAAUGAUCAUAUUCAUAUACAAAGAUAUCCAUCUGGCAAUAAUAAUAACUGUAAUAAUAACGAAACAACUCAAAAUAACUUUAUAAACAAUAAUAAUGUCAAUAACAACAACAUAACUGCGUGUACACAUUAUUUUGAUUAUAAUGUGCGUAAAAGCUCAAGUAUGCCAAAUUUGAAGGCAAUUUUGCAGCAAAAACAGCAACAUCAAGAACAGCUUCAGCAUACUCAGCAUCAACAAUAUCAGUUAAAUGUAUCGGAAGUUGCAUCAAGUCAAUCCUCAAUGGACACAGAGAGUAAAGUUAAAACAAUGCUUCAAAUGUAUCCGGCACCAAUAGUAUCGUCAGAAUCUGAUAGCCCAGCGCCAAAUGAUCAUUCAAAUAGCAAUAACGAAAAAGUUGCUAAUCCACCGUCUUUCAAUCUUGUAAAAUUGUUUAUUAAACAAAAAAGUAGCAGUUCUGAUACAUGCAUGGAUGUCUCAUCGGGAUGUUGGCCAAGUGAUUCCACCAACAGUUCAACAGAGCACCCCGGAAAUUGCUCUAAUUCUAGUCUAAAUAGGUUACGUAAAAAGAGUAUGAAUGAUUCUGGGAAAUUUUCAGCAUUAAGUCGUCAUGAAGAAGAUGCCGAGUAUCAAUUAGACAGUCUUGAUGCUCAUAUAAAUCAUCGAGGUGAGAAAAAGACAAAUGAUUUUAACCGUGAAAUCUUUGAUUCACCUACACACAGACGAAAUUAUAGAGACUGUGCAUUAAAUAUUAAAAAUCAAACAAAAAAUCCGUUACUUUUUAAUGUGCUUAACAAUAAUGGAAGUAAUAAUGGCCGGGUAAUUAGUCAAAGUCAAUCAGAAGGAAGUCGAACAUCUGAAAACCUUACACAAAUUCAUAAAACUGAAGCGAUUGAAAGUAAAAUGACUGUACCAAUCGAUAUGAUAACAAAAUCUAUACAAACAUCUUCAAUACUUAUGCCAAAACCUGAAACAACAACAAAGAAAUUACCUCAAAACUGUGUUACAAUGGUUCCACCUUCAUUCUUAUCUCAUUUGAGUAAACUUGGUGAUCAACAGCAUGCUCCCGUAUAUGUUAUUUAUCCUAAUUAUGCACUUCCUGAUUUGGAAUUUAUCAAUAGUCAAACAAUUAAUUUAAAGAAAGAUAUAAUUAUGUCACCACUGGUUUAUCAAGGUCAACCAAAAAUGGCAAGAACUCUCGACUUAAAACAAAAUAAACACAUUUCAUUUAGAAAGCGCCCACAAUCUUUAGACAUUGAUAAAUUGCAACAAAAUCAAUAUAGUCAUGUUCAGGAUUGGAAUUCACUAUUAACGCUUUUACCCCGUGAUUAUAAAAAACUUCUUAAAAAUGUUCCUGAAGUUAAUAAAAUAACUUCAAUGGAAGCUUCAAUAUCAUCACAAAAGCCUUUAUUUUGUAUGACACCACCAAUUAGACGAACUACAACUGGAUUAAUAUGUGAUUGCCAGACAUUAAUUCAAAACCAAACAUUAAAUAGUUCAAGCUCUGGUGGAAGUUCGCAACCACCAAGUAGUGGAUAUCGUGGUUCAUCGACGAUGCUAACAGAUUCUGAAAUGGAAGAGUUGAUUAAUGGUGGUUCAGCAAAUGAGGCAAUGAAAAAUAUGUUUAUUUAUCAAUAUGACAAUGUACCCGACAUAGAUCAAAGACCACCGAGUGGAAGAAGAGGCAUUUUAAGGAGAAUAAAUACGACUGCAAAUACGCCUACACCACGUGUAUUAGCAAAUCAAAAUGGACAGAAACAAAAACGUUAUAGUAUGAUGGAUCAACAGUUGACCAAAAUUCAAAUUACGAAUCCAACGCCACAAGAGAAGAGGCGUUCAUUGCAAGAUGUUAAUUUUUAUCAUCACAAUGAACUAGAAGAAUACUUUAAUAAUAUUGGAAUUAAUGGGAUUGGUGGCACAAAGAAUUUUGCUAAUCGGUUACCAAAUUAUAUGAAAACGCGUGAUGAUCAGCGUGAAAAUGGUAAAGAUCUCAAUCAAUUGCUUACAGAAUUAGAACUAAAUAAAGCAUUAUCUAAUAAAUUAAAUUAUGGAAGCAAUCCAACUGCAACAGAUGUUGACAUUCAAGAAAUCGAGGCAAGAUUGAAAGCUGAAAGUUUUUUGAAUGCCAUUCCAAAAUCAGAAUUGAGAAAUUAUGAAGAUAUUGCACAAAUACUUGAAUGGAAUCAAGCUGAGAGUGAGAAUAAUAAUCCAUUUGAAAAAACAAAAUUGAGGAAUGAAGUAAGCAAAACAUUAUCGUCUAGGAAGGUAUCAUUUAACCGUCCAUCUCCCACGCCUUCGCCAGUAAGACAUGUCAAGAAUCAUCUACAAGCACCUGAUUUCGAUAAAAAAUUCACAACGCCACCUAAUUCACCACAAAUGUCUCAGUUGGUUGAUAAAAAAUCUCCUGUCGAGAAAAAACAACAAAGAUUAGAAAAAGAAAAACAAGACAAAAUCCAAAGUAAUAGAUUCAAGAGGCUUCAAAUUCAGUGGGAAUUAUUAAGUAAAGAACAACAAGAACCGGAGAUAUUAGAAACUAAAAGUAAUGUUACAACACCGACUGGAGGAUCAAAAUGCCAAUCAAAAAUCCCACGUCCUGUGAGCUAUCCAAAUCCAAAGCAAAACCAUGAGCUUCUUAUUGGAGGAAAAAACCUUCGAUCGCCGAGUAAGAUGGCACAACCAAAGAAAUAUACAACAACACCAACAAAUGUUACUUCACCUACAGCUAUGAUUCAACAAACUCCUCGGACCCCAAAUAAGCAACUUCAUACAACACCAAAGAAAACUCUUCCAGUAAGAACGGCAACACGCACACGAUAGGAUGAUUGGUGAUGACCCAAAUAUGUUUAUAAAGACAAGCAGCUGUAAAAAGCGAAACUCAUAAAAAUAGGUUUUAGUUUUUAUUUUCUAUUCCUUUAUUGAUAUAAACAAUUUAAUACUCAUAGAUCAACUAUCUAAUCCUGUAGCAACUCUACGUUAAAUGAUGAUGAAAAAGUUAAAUAUUUAUAUACAAAAAUUUCUCAAAAAAUAUUACUCUUGAUAUUAUAUCCUGUCUAUCUAUCAUUCAAAAAUAUAUAUCCAUAUAUAUAUUAAUUAAUUAAGAAUUUUUUAGGAAUUGAAGCUUUGUUGAUAGGCAAAAUAUGUGAAAGAUGUAUUCGACUUAUGCUUAUUGCUUUUGCAGAGUAUAUAAAUUUAUUAUUUUCAUAAUUUCUGCUUGAAAAGUGCUUUAUUGAGUUCAAUAGGAAAAGAAAAAUUAAAUUGUUUUAGUUGUAAGUAACAAAUAACAAUAUAAUAUGAUUAAAUAACAGGAAAUUAUGUAUUUGUUACCAGCAGAUAAAUACCGUUCACACAAUUAACUACCAAAAUACCCAAUUUAAAUAUAUCUAAAACCACUUUCCUGAAUUUUUUAAAAAUGUAAAUAACAAGCAUGAAAUUCUAAUUAUUGGUUCUGAAAAUUUAUCUAUUUUAUGAAAGAUAACUUAAGAAAUUUUGAUCCUUUUUAAUUAAAAUCAAUGAUCUUAUCCUGACUAUAACAAUAUAUCUAUAGUUUUUUAUGUUGAAUUAUUGUGUUCCUGAUUAACGAAACAAAACUUAAAAACGAACGAACAUUCCUGAAUUUUAAAGAUUCUUUAGUAAACGAGAAAAAUCACUUCCGAUAAUUAAGGAAGUAAUCGACUGACCAUUUUUUACGAAAGUUUUUUUUAUCAUAAUUUUAGUACAGUUGAUUUGUCUUUUUUAUGACAAUCAGUAUCAUUUAAUUAAAAAAACUACACUCAUUGAUUUACUCCUUAGUUAAAUUAAAUUUAUUUCGAGUGAAAAAAUACAAGAAAAAAUCAACCAAUUAACAAUUGACGAAAAAACAUUGCAGUAUCGAAAAAUAAUGCAUUUUAAAUAAAUCGACUUCUUAUUUGCAUUGCUUUUGUGUUAUAUAAAAAUAUAAUUUACCGGUGCCAUAUAUUUAAAACAAUUAUUAAAAUCCCAAAAAUGGCAAAUCAUUAUAGACCGAAAGAAAAUCAGUAUGUAUGUGAAUGAAAACAAAAUUUUCUAUUUCUGUUUUCUUGACGCUUAGAUUAGUUGUAAAUUUAAAUCUCCUAAUAAAAUUUGCCAGAAAAAAUAAAUAUAAUUUUGUUUGAUUCUUCAUAACUUCAUAAGUAUGAAUAAGUUUGUAGAAAAUGGACGAAGUAAAUAGUUUUAAGUAACCUGUAAAUAUUUUUUUUAAAACACAAAAAAGAGUUUUUUCUAAUCGAAUAAAAAAAAAUCUUUUUUUCGUUCAUUUCUCGCUCGUUGAAUGUACAAAAGAGAAAAAGAUUUUUUGCUGAAACAUUUUCGUAGUCAUUUUUUUCUAUUCAGCCACGAAAGGAUAAAUAGAAAUAUUUUAGUCUUCUUUCAACUUAAGAAUCAAAUAGAUAUUAAGAAGCCAUAAAAUUAUUUUAAAUUACAAACCUUCAUUGAAAAAUCAAAAAAUUAGAAAGAAGAAAAUUAUAAAAAAAUAAUUGUCUAUGCAUAUUAUCCAUAAAUUACUCUGAUAAUUUAAUCAAAG